UUUCUUUGAGAGAGUACUCGUCUUCUUUCUUGUUAGAUCGAUCGAUCAACGAAGAACGAACGGACGAAAAAUGGCCUACUCAAAACUCUUAAUAGUUUUGUUGUUGAGUCUCAUCGUCGGCAUCGCAGUUGCAAAACCAGGAUAUCUCGGCUAUAGAUUCGGUGGAUUCGGAUACCCAUAUGGCGGCUAUGGUUAUGGCUACAGAUAUCCAUUCUACGGAUAUGGUCAUGGUUAUGGAUUUUAUGGAGGUUAUCCAUAUUACGGCUUCGGUCACGGUUUCGGUCAUUAUGGAUAUUAUAUAUGAUCAGUGAACAGUGACAAAUUAUUUCUGUUAAGGAAAAUAUCAAUAAGAAAGUAAUCGCAUUUAUCUCGUACUUCAUGUUACGCGAACUAUAAGUCUGUGCUUUCGUAAAUUUCUUUACAAAUAAUUUUUACAUGAUAACUCACAAAUUUAUGCUAUGUUAUCUCAAAAGAUUUAUUGCAUUUAUAUCAAAUUAUUUACAAUAUAUUAUAUUAUAUAGAAUAAUAUUAAGUGAAAUAAAAUAAAGAAGAUCCACGUUGAUUCGAUUAUAUAAA